CUGUUCUUCCAGGAAGCCACAUUGCUUGGUGCCCGGUGGCCAUGGAAUCAGGCGCGGAGAAAGGGAUCGGAGCGCGGCGGUCAGAUGGAAUCAAGCUCCAGCAACGGGAGGGGGGGCGGCAAGUCUCGCAUUGAGCUUGCCGCUCCGGCCAGUACUCCUUCGCAUCUGCUGAAUGUCCAGCAACGACAGUGCCAGGCCAUCUACGCCAACUUGGACGCUGGACGUCCAACAGGUGCGCUGAGAGAAUGCCAGAGAAUUUUGGGCGACCAUUUGCCGACAUCGAACAGCGAUAUAGCGGCCAAAUCCGACGCAAAGAAGAACCCUCUGGCGGCGGCCCUUAAGGCGCUGGCUCUCAUGAGACUUCGGAGAGACGACGAAGCGAUCAGCUCGGCUUUGAGUCAAGCAUCAGCUGGGCUGGGAACAGCAGACCACGAUGUCCUACUACCUCUCACUGCUGUGCUCGAUCGUUAUGGUCACAGGACAGUCUCCGCAGACUUGCUCGACACAGCGGCCAAGCUGCAGCCGCAGGAUGAGCAGCUUUGUCAGAAAACGUUCGAAACCCUUAUUGUCACACGAGAGUAUCAGCGCGCUCAGCAGCUUGCAAUCAGGAUGUACAAGACCUUCUCUAGCGCUGCAGGAGUGCCAAAGGGCAAGAGAAGCUGGCCUCCGGAAAUGGCCAAGACAGUGAAGGGGGAUCCAGCAGGUCAUUACUUUUGGUGGAGCGUCGUAUGCUAUCACUUGAUGCAUCGCGACACAUCGUCUCCGAGUGCGGCGGUGUCACUCGAACUAGCAGAACGAAUGAUCCUCAAGCACACCUCAGUUGAAGCAUUUUUCGCCUCCCUGUCAUCCACGAGCCCGGUAGAGCCUGACAUGGCCUUGUUCAGCUACUUCGACGGCUCCACUUCUGAAGUCGAGCAGUUCCACAUACUUCUUUCGACUCUCACGAAGCAGGGAAAGUGGCGUGAAGCGUUCGCAACCUUGCAGUCCGAUGCUGGUCGAAUACAUUGCGGCCUGAACCCCCUUCGCGACCCGAAGGACGUGGCCCCCUCAUAUGACACUCGCACACCGGUACAAGGCCUAGUUGGCAAUCCGGACAUCAAAGAAAUCCGGCAGGAAGUUAUGAGACGGCUCCAAUUGUGGAAAGAUAUUAAAGAAGAAGCAAUGCUCCAGGUGAAACAGCACGGUGAUCGUGAUUGGGCGACAUUGGUACGCCUGGUCGAUGCGGCUUUCAAGCAGGAAUCCGGUAACGGGGAACGUGAAAUAGAAGAUGGCUUUCAUCCAGUCGAAGAGACGCGACUCUUCCUGGAGGAGAUUCUGCCUACAUACAUUGCGGCCGUGUCAACACAAUUGCCAACGACUGGUUCAUCAUCGUCCGUUGUGCGGCAAGAAGACAAGGAGGAUGCUUCCCCUGCGCCUUCGGCAUCAAGUACGGCGGGAAGCAAGAACAAGAAAAAGCGGCAAGCGCAAAACAAGAAAAAAGCAGCUGCGAUGAAGGAGCGAGCGCUCUUUCUCGCGCGCUUAGAGAUCGAUCGGCAAGCUCGGCAAGCAGAAUCUUCAGCUGCCGUGCUCAAAGAUGCUGCAAAACAUCGCUUGCCUAUUUUAGUACACGAUUAUUUUGACCUCUUCAGCAGUAAACGAUGUGCAUACGAGGAUCUCCGACCUGCUGUGUUGACCCUGUCACAAGACGAGAGAACCGCAUUAACGUCAAGCGGCGGAUGGGUCCGUGCGGCGACGUCGAGAUCCGACCUGCCUUUCGAUGAUGAAAAGGAACUCACGAGAUACAUCAACGCGCAGAAGUUGCGGCGACUCUUGCGCACGUAUCCUACGGCCGACGCCACGCCAGAGGAAUGCCGCCAGAUGUUAGAAGUGGAAACAGCUUCAGCUCGGGAGUAUUUUGAAGAUUACCUGCGAGCUUUGCCUCUUGGAAGAGAUCUCCCGAAGACAGAGAUGCAUCCUGCAGACGACCUUGCUUUUCUUGCAGGGGAGGCUCUCGUGUCUGCGUGGUCACUUUCGCUGUCGCUCUCUGCAACGGAAGGAGAUGCACUCCCCCCAAGCGCUCACCUUCGACACCUUUACGACGCCGCCGAGCUGCUGACGCAGGCACUCCAACACUCGCCGAAGGGCUACGUCCUUCGUCUCCUCCUUAUUCGAAUCUGCGUCCUGCUUGGGGCUUGGCCUCUCGCACUCGAACAUUUCCUCCAACUUGGCGUCAAAUCCGUGCAGCAAGACAGCUUAACCCACUGGCUCUUUGAGCGCUGCUCGGCUUUCGCUUCUGUCAUAUCUCCAAAUGGCUCUGACCUUCAAGCAACGAUCAACAAGUUCAUGGGGAUCUACAACGAGAACAAAGAAGAUACACCUCAAAUGAUCUUCAGGGCGUUCCAUUUCCACAAUUACUCACGAGCGGAGGAGCUCUUGGAAUUUUACGAGUGUCUCGACGGCUCUUUGAUGCGUCAGCUCUUCAACACCGAGCUGAUGCUCUGUGAGCUUUCGAACAAGGACAUUGACGGCGCGAAAAGACUCGCCGCGACCAUCCUGGCGCAAGGUCAGGGUCCCAGCACCAUAUCGCCCGUCUUACACGACCAGCGAGAUUUCAACGUUUUCCCAUCUUACAUGCCCGCCGAUGCGCCCUCGAUAUGGGAGCUUCUUGGUUCAGGCCCGCGCUGUAACGCUAACUUUGUCUGGUCUAUCGCUUCCGCCGUGCAGAGUCCGUCCGGGCUUACAGGAGAGACUACUACAAACCUGACAUCUGCAGAAGCUCGAUUCGCGAGACGCCCGACCGAUGGUACCUCAGAUUGGGACAGACUCUUGGACCAGUCGACCACACCUUUAGAACUUCUGCACACGGCAGAAUUUGCUUUCAGGGCUUCUGUCCUAUCGGGUGCGAGCGGCAAGUCGCCACUUGCGGAGCAACUGGAAGACGCAAAGACUUCACGUUUCGGAAGUGAAAGCACAUUGCACACGCCAUCGUGGCUGUCCGCAGCCUUGGGUGGGGAGCAGCAGUGGCAGACUGUGAGGUCGAGAAUGCUCAAAGAGUUCCGAGAUGUUUCAGCUGCGCUACGUGGCCGCCUGUCGGACCGGCAGGUGUAGAACCUCGACGCCGGCAUCGAAUGCGAUGUAUAGACAGGAUGGCUGAUGUUCCACCUUGAUUCGAUGUGUCUUCAAUCGUGUGCGCAUGUCGAACUAUGCAGUCUUCCGUCCAAUGGCUGCAAUUAUAUGAUUCCAUCACUGAGC